AGCACCUGCCAGACGUGACUUCGCUCACUGGAUGAACUGGACCAUGGACCAAGGCGCACUUUCCGCGACGUGCCUUCCCUCACUAGGUUUCUGCCUGGAGCACCUUCCACAACAUGGCAGGAAGGUGGUGGGUGGUCCUGUACCUCCACCCUGACGCUCUUCUCGCGGACUUGUCGUCGCACAUCCACCACCACCUCCCUCCACCACCAUCCCACCGUCGCCGCACACUCGCCACAAGAUCAAUACAGCGCGCUGCGCAGCGCCGGACACUAUCCAACGUGUCACACGUUGAGCGCAGAUACACUCGUUUCAAGCUCCAAUCAAUCUACUGCCGCCAACAUGGCUGGCACCACCGCCACAGUUGCGGCAAUGCUCCUGCUCAUGUGCAACAUGUUCUUCGGCGUACUCACAGGCACGGACAUGGCACACAAGAACCCGCUCUUUGAUCAUUACUUCACAAGCCUAGACAGUGUCCAAGCUGCUGCCCAGACUACUGGCAUGACCUUUGCACCUGGCCUGUACGAGUUACUCGUUGGACCCAAUUUGCCUACCGUCGACUUCUUCAAGACUCUCCCGACCAAUGAAGACUUUCUGAAGGAUAUCUGGUCUUGCUACUUGCUCGUUCUGUACAAACCCGGCAGGCGCUUCAGAGUCUACAUCGGAUCCGCGACGUCCUUUGAACAGGGUGCACGACAGCGUAUGCAACAAUACGAUAACUUCCUUCUUCUCCCGCGCUACGUCGCAGCUUCUCUCGACGCGGGUUUCGUCAUUAUACACAAGGGCAUGCUUUGCUGGAUACCAAGACCAAUCUUUAUCCUCGUCCCACUAUACCGCCUCUUUAUAAUUGGGUUCGAAGCUGUCUUCUCCUACGUCUUCUGGGCAUUUAAGCGCCGCGGGCGAGAUUUCGGCCUGUCUCAUAUUUGCCCGUGGGACCGCCACAGUCUGGAGUAUAACGGUCUAUGUUCACACAGCGCACUCGAUGAAGGCAUCCGCGGCGACUUUGACCUUACACAAGAAGAACUCGAGGCACUCGGCGAGACACGUGAGGCCAAACGCAUCAAACUGAAGGCGGAGAAUGCUACCAACUGGCAUCACAAGCAGAUGGAAACCAACUACUCCGACUACAUGGAUGCCUCAGUUCGCCGCGUUCAGAAAUCACGCAAGCUCAAUCCCAAGAUGCAUGCCGAUACCCAGCGAGCCCGUAUUAAGAGAGACAUUGCAGCGAAGAAGUACUGGUGCGACGACUGCAGUAUCGCUUUCCAAUCCAAGCAGGUCUACGAUGACCACAUGGUGUCCGACAAGCACGAGAGAAUGCUGAACAAGCACCUGUCACCAUUCUUCUGCGGUCUUUGCAAUAUGCCGUCCGCCAACAAGAGCAACUUCACUCGUCACUGCAAGACGAACGGUCACCAGGAGAAGCUCAAGGCUGCCGCUGAGGCUGCCGAGCAAGCUGAGGAUGAGGACGACGACGACUCUUUCAACCAGGCUGAAUGAGUCGACACUCUUCAACGUGUUACACGAUAUACCAGUCACGACUACACUGCUCAACACCUGGACACUGUCCACUGUCCAACGUCUUACACGAUGCAUGCAAUGCAUCUGAGCAACACAUUCCUGCGCAUCAUUCUGGACAAUCUC